AUGGCGGCGGCGGGUGAGGCCGGGCCGGGUGCGGGUUCGGGGGUCCCGGGCGGUGCUCACCUGCAACUCAGCGCGCUCGGCCUCCCAGCGGGCCUUCUCGGCUUCAAAGCGCGCCCACUCGUGCUGGAUAAACACGAGUGGGCGCGCUUUGAAGCCGAGAAGGCCCGCUGGGAGGCCGAGCGCGCUGAGUUGCAGGGCCUGACCUUGGCCCCAUGCGGCUCACCGGCUGCCCUGGCAGCCGCCAUAAUUCUCAACCUCCUGGUUCUCUUCUAUGUCUCGUGGCUGCAGCACCAGCCCAGAAACUCCCGGGCCCGGAGCCCCCGUCAUACAUCUGCCACCGGCCCCCGUGUCACUGUCCUGGUGCGGGAGUUCGAGGCUUUUGACAACGCGGUACCUGAGCUGGUGGACUCCUUCCUGCAGCAGGACCCAGCCCAGCCCGUGGUGGUGGCGGCCGACACGCUCCCCUACCCGCCCCUGGCCCUGCCCCGCACUCCCAACGUUCGCCUGGCACUGCUCCAGCCCGCCCUGGACCGGCCCUCCACGGCCUCACGCCCCGAGACCUACGUGGCCACCGAGUUCGUGGCCCUGGUGCCUGACGGGGUGCGGGCCGAGGCCCCUGGCCAGCUGGAGCGCAUGGUGGAGGCGCUCCGGGCCGGAAGUGCACGCCUGGUGGCCGCCCCCGUCGCCACAGCCAACCCUGCCAGGUGCCUUGCCCUGAACGUUAGCCUGCGGGAGUGGACCGCCCGCUAUGGCCCGGCACCAGCAGCGCCCCGCUGCGAUGCCCUGGAUGGGGACGCCGUGGUGCUCGUGCGCGCCCGCGACCUCUUCAACCUCUCGGCGCCCCUGGCCCGGCCAGUGAGCACCAGCCUCUUCCUGCAGACGGCCCUUCGCGGCUGGGCGGUACAGCUGCUGGACUUGCCCUUCGCUGCAGCGCGCCAGCCCCCGCUGGCCACGGCUCACACGCGCUGGAAGGCGGAGCGUGAGGGGCGCGCACGGCGCGAGGCACUGCUCCGCACCAUGGGCAUCCGCCUGGUGAGCUGGGAGGGCGGCCGGCUGGAGUGGUUUGGCUGCGGCAAGGAGACCCCGCGCUGCUUCGGCACGGUGGUGGGCGACACGCCAGCCUACCUCUACGAGGAUCGCUGGACACCGCCGUGCUGCCUGCGCGCGCUGCGCGAGACCGCCCUCUACGUGGUGGGCGUGCUGGAGGCCGCGGGCGUGCGCUACUGGCUGGAGGGCGGCUCGCUGCUGGGGGCAGCCCGCCACGGGGACAUCAUCCCGUGGGACUACGACGUGGACCUGGGCAUCUACCUGGAGGACGUGGGCAACUGCGAGCAGCUGCGGGGGGCUGAAGCCGGUUCUGUGGUGGACGAGCGCGGCUUCGUGUGGGAGAAGGCCGUAGAGGGUGACUUCUUCCGCGUGCAGUACAGCGAGAGCAACCACCUGCACGUGGACCUGUGGCCCUUCUACCCCCGCAACGGGGUCAUGACCAAGGACACAUGGCUGGACCACCGGCAGGAUGUCGAGUUCCCAGAACACUUCCUGCAGCCUCUGGUGCCCCUGCCCUUUGCCGGCUUCGUGGCACAGGCACCCAACAACUAUCGGCGCUUCCUGGAGCUCAAGUUCGGCCCUGGAGUCAUCGAGAACCCCGAGUACCCCAACCCAGCACUCCUGAGUUUGACGGGAAGUGGCUGA